AUGUUCUCAUCUUUGGGUCUCUUUCAAUCAUUGUCAUGUCCACAGAGAAAUGAUUGUAAUCGUCCAUCUUGUAUAUUCUCACAUAACCUAGAUCUACCCUCUCAUCAUUCGCUUAACAUUCCCGUACAGAAGGUGCAACCCCUCCCACAAACGCCAUCCGCCAAUGUGGCGCAUCGCGAAGUACCCUCAAAGCGGCCCUUUCAUAACCUAGCACAGGGUCCGUCUUCCAGUAGCAACAGGGCUCAAAUCGGACCCCCGACACAACGUCUCAGAGUUGGCACCACACAGAAGCCAGUCGCCAUUCCUGCCGCAUCGCACACUAGUAAUGGUGUACCGAUUAUCAGAAUUAAUCCUGCCCGAUCUCAAGUCGCCCUACCAGUUCGUCAAGCAAUGCUAAAGUCACUGUAUGAGCACUUUGUCGUCCUUUACGACACUAUACUGCCCUCAAACCCGACCCUUGCCUCUGAGCAUGCCCUUCGUCAGGAAGAACAAGUCUACAGCAAGUCUACUAAGUUGACUUAUCGCAACGCUGUCAUAAAUUCAAUAGCAGCUUUGAAGCGACGUCCGAUACCUACGUCUAUAUCACACCCUUCAGUAGGAACUGAAGAAGAUUUGGCGGCUCAUGCAGAAUCCAGGAAAAAAUUGGAUGACCUCCAGGUAACUCGACUCCUUCUCAAACCAAUUGUCAUGUCUUUGGAGGACAUGCAGACGUGGGGUUUUAUUACCGACAUGCCUGAAGGGCUUGGGGGUGAUCAACCGAGUGCUGAAGGAAAAAUAAUUCAAUGCGAACGAUGUACCCAGUCUUACAUGGUCAAAAACAAUCCUGCAACAGAAGAAUGUCAAUAUCACUGGGGAAGGCUCUUCACGCACAAAGUCAAUGGCGAGCGUAUGCGUUCGUAUUCUUGCUGCCAGAAGCCAGCAGAGGAAGGCGGAUGUACCAGAGGCCACCACGUCUUUUACGAGUCCAAAGCAGGAGACUUGCACUCGCGUCAUGCAUUCUCAUUUACACGCCAAUCAGUCGAUGUUAUGGAAACAGAUACGGCUUUAGAUGUUGUGGCUUUAGAUUGUGAGAUGAUUUACACAACUGGGGGUAUGCGCGUUGCCCGUGUUUCGGUUGUUGAUGGUUCCGGGAAACAACUUUUCGAUGAGCUAGUAAGAAUGGAUGAUGGGGUUGAAAUCAUAGACUAUAAUACACGAUUUUCAGGCAUUACCCAGGAAGAGCAUGCGCAGGCUACGCUCUCAUUAUCUUCCAUACGAAAAUCCCUUGACGCUUUCAUUAACCACAAUACCAUCAUCAUCGGUCACGCCCUUCACAACGAUCUUAACACGCUUCGGAUAAUCCAUCACCAGUGCGUCGAUACAGCUGUUAUCUUCCCUCAUCGCGCAGGUCCUCCAUAUCGACGUUCUUUGAGGGAUCUGGCGAAAGAACACCUUGGUCUUACAAUCCAGGCUGGUGGAGGAACAAGCGGUCAUUCCUCAGUGGAGGACUCUAUAGCAACACUCGAUCUUGUGAGAUGGUAUAUCCUGAACAAGCUAAAACCAACUGCAAAGACGUAG